AUGGCUAAAGCUAGUGAACCUCCUAAGGAGCGUUACAUCCCAAAUUCACUGAAAUUUCUGUUUGGUGGACUCGCUGGCAUGGCGGCGACAUGCGUGGUGCAGCCGCUCGACCUGAUCAAGACGAGGAUGCAGCUCGGUGCCAAGGGACGCUCCUCGUUCACGGUGGCUGGGGAGAUCGUCGCGAAGGAGGGGUUCAUGGCCCUCUACACUGGCCUCUCUGCGGGCCUACUUAGACAGGCCACAUACACGACCACACGCCUCGGAGUGUACACAUGGCUGUUUGAUUCCUACAAGCAGUCGCACGGUGGCGCCACUCCCAACUUCGGAAUGAAGGCGGUGCUGGGCAUCGCGGCGGGCGCCAUCGGCUCGUUCGUGGGCACGCCGGCGGAGGUGGCCCUCAUCAGGAUGACGGCAGACGGCCGACUGCCCAAGGAGCAGCGCAGGAACUACAAGAACGUGGCGGACGCACUCAUGAGGAUCAUAAAGGAGGAGGGCGUGCUGAAACUGUGGCGUGGUGCCACGCCGACGGUGGUCCGUGCUAUGGUGGUCAACGCCGCCCAGCUCGGCACCUACUCUCAGGCCCGCGAAAUGUUCGUCACUUACGUGCCUGAUGGUGUGUUCCUCCACUUCUGCGCGUCGAUGGCCUCCGGUUUGGUGACCACGAUCGCCUCCAUGCCAGUGGACAUCAUCAAGACCAAGAUCCAGAACGCGGCGAAGGGCCAAGGUCAGUUGGAGGUCGUGACGACGCUCCUUCGCAACGAGGGCCUGUUCUCGCUGUGGAAAGGCUUCCUGCCCUACUACGCCCGCCUGGGACCUCACACCGUCCUCACCUUCAUAGUCCUCGAGCAAUUCAACGCCGCCUACCAGAGACUCGCC